CUAACCGCUGUGAAGGAAGAAGCUCUCGCGGGCGCGAGCUUCUGAGGCGUUCGGGCCAAGCGGGCGGGUGGUUAGUGCUUAGACCCCUGCUGCAGCGGCAGGUCCUUCCACGUGCUUUUGGCGGCGACAUGGAGCUGGAGGAGUUGGGGAUCCGAGAGGAAUGUGGCGUGUUCGGGUGCAUCGCCUCAGGAGAGUGGCCCACGCAGCUAGAUGUGCCGCAUGUGAUCACUCUGGGACUCGUGGGGCUACAGCACCGGGGUCAGGAGAGUGCUGGUAUUGUGACCAGUGAUGGGAAUUCAGUACCAACAUUCAAAACACACAAGGGAAUGGGUCUUGUAAAUCACGUCUUUACUGAAGACAAUUUGAAGAAAUUAUAUAUUUCAAAUCUUGGAAUUGGACACACGAGGUAUGCCACUACAGGAAACUGUGAAUUAGAAAAUUGUCAGCCCUUUGUUGUUGAAACACUUCAUGGGAAAAUAGCUGUGGCACAUAAUGGCGAGUUGAUAAAUGCUGCUCAAUUAAGGAAAAAGCUUCUGCGUCAUGGUAUUGGUCUGUCAACAAGUUCCGAUAGUGAAAUGAUUACCCAGUUAUUGGCAUAUACCCCUCCUCAGGAACAAGAUGACACCCCAGACUGGGUAGCAAGGAUUAAAAACUUAAUGAAGGAAGCACCUACAGCAUACUCCCUGCUUAUAAUGCACAGAGAUGUUAUUUAUGCAGUACGAGAUCCUUAUGGAAAUCGUCCUCUAUGCAUUGGUCGUCUUAUUCCUAUAUCUGAUAUAAAUGAUAAAGAGAAAAAGUCUUCAGAAACUGAAGGAUGGGUGGUGUCUUCAGAAUCUUGUAGCUUUUUAUCUAUUGGUGCAAGAUAUUACCGUGAAGUCUUGCCUGGAGAAAUUGUGGAAAUAUCCAAACAUAAGGUCCAAACUCUUGAUAUUAUACCAAGGGCUGAAGGAAACCCAAUGGCUUUUUGUAUUUUUGAAUAUGUUUAUUUUGCAAGACCAGAUAGUAUAUUUGAAAACCAAAUGGUUUACACAGUAAGAUACCGUUGUGGUCAGCAGCUGGCAAUUGAAGCACCUGUGGAUGCAGAUUUGGUUAGCACUGUUCCGGAAUCUGCUACACCCGCUGCUCUUGGUUACGCAGGAAAGUGUGGACUUCCCUAUGUGGAGGUGCUGUGUAAAAACCGGUAUGUAGGAAGAACCUUCAUUCAGCCAAACAUGAGGUUAAGACAACUUGGUGUUGCAAAAAAAUUUGGAGUAUUGUCAGACAACUUCAAAGGCAAAAGAAUCGUCCUUGUAGAUGAUUCGAUUGUGAGAGGCAAUACUAUCUCACCCAUAAUCAAAUUGCUCAAAGAAUCUGGUGCAAAAGAGGUACACAUUCGAGUAGCUUCACCACCAAUUAGAUAUCCAUGCUUCAUGGGAAUAAACAUACCAACAAAAGAAGAACUUAUUGCCAAUAAACCAGAAUUUGAGCAUCUUGCAGAAUAUCUAGGAGCAAACAGCGUUGUGUAUCUGUCAGUAGAAGGACUGAUUUCAUCUGUACGAGAAGGGAUAAAACUUAAAAAACAGAAAGAGAAAAAGCAAGAUGUUAUCAUUCAAGAAAAUGGGAAUGGUCAUUGUACAAAGCAAGAUAUUAUCAUUCAAGAAAACGGGAACGGUCUGGGAUGUUUUGAAAAGAAUGGUCAUUGUACAAAGCAGGAUGUUAUAAUUCAAGAAAAUGGGAAUGGUCUGGGAUGUUUUGAAAAGAACGGUCAUUGUACAGCUUGUCUCACUGGAAAAUAUCCUGUGGAAUUGGAAUGGUAGCUAGUAGGGGCAGAUUCGAUGUUUCAAGACACAAAGUUGGUGAAGUUGUAGUGUUGGUACACCUUAUCUAUUUACUGUUACGCAGUCGAUACAAUGUAAAAUGCCACAUGCUUAUGUUUACCUUAUAUUAAGUUUUAAGAUUUUUUUCUGGAAAGGGUACCAAAGUGCUAUGCUUUCUUUAAUAAUCCUAGAUAAAUAUUUUGGUGUUAUCUGGGAACUUGGAUGAUCCUUUCAGUUUUAUUUAGUAGUUUAGUACUUUGAGGCUACCAGUUAUGAGAUUGUAUACAUUUAAUUUCAGAUCAUCAACAGUAAUGUAAAGAAUAUGUAAAUUUCUGUUUUAGAGGGAAUUGCUAGGUAUUUAGGGAAAAUUCUUCUUAGAGAAUUUUGUGGAAUGUUUCUUGAGAGUUAUUGGAAUUCAGUUAUGGAAUAUUUUCAUAAUUGAACCUUGCUAAUUGCAUAUGAUACAAUAUUGGUAUUCUUUUUUUUACACCAGCAUCAGCUAGUGUACCUUGUCAGAGUGGCAUUUGCCAGGUCCAUGCUUUAAAGAGUGUGCAAGAGGUUAGACUGAGAUGGUGUGAUGGAAAUAGGACAAGUGAGUUAAAUAUAACAUUUAAUGCAAACCUUGAAUCCAUUAUACCCCAAAGUUGUCAAGCCUCUAGAGUUCUGAUUGUAGUUAUGACCUUGGUUUCCCUGUCUAACUUUAGACAAAUCUUUAAAAAAAAAAAAGAAAACCUUUUUGUGCCUCACUUUUCCCCACCUGUGCAAUGGGGUACUUAUAUUACUAAAUUAAAUAAGUAAUAGGAAUGUGGAUGUGUCAUACUUUUGGUGGUGGAAGCCAUCAUUUCACCCCUCAAUUUUAAGAUAGUGCAUAAUUAUUAGCUUUUGAAAUGUUGGCUGUUAGUCUGCAAUUAAGAUUUCAUUAUAUGAAGGGAGACAUACAGUUUAGCAUUGCUUUGCCACCUGACUUUGAGAUGCCCUAAGAAUGAUUGUAAAAACAUGUCUGUGGAAAAAAUUUUCCUACAUUUGACUAGAAAGUAUGAUCCAUACUACUUAGUGCCCUUAUAGUACAAGCCCAGCAAGUAACCCAGUAGAUUUGAAGUAAAAAAAUAAAUUUUUAGAUUCUAACAAAACUUCUACCCUUAAUUUGAUUAUAUGCUUUUUUAAUGAACUGCUUGAUCACUUGCAAGCAUAUAUACAUAUAUAUGUACACACACAUAAAUAUUGCAAUUAAACGAUCAAGUAGAGACACUGUAGGGGCCAAUUUUGUUUAAGGAUCAAGGAGAUCACUUUUUUGUACUUUGUUUUAUUGGGAUCUAAUGAAUUCGAUUUUUUUGAAUUUUUUUCUUGUAACAUCUGAGAUUUAAAAUUUUAAGAUGACUUGCCCCCAACCUCUGUUUAUGUAAGAUUUUUAAAACGUUAAGUGUUUUUGUGUUAUUGUUACCAUAAUUUGAUGUAUAUAGUAUCCAAAUCCAUUUAGAAACUCAAUAUUUAUUAAUAACUGAAAUCUUUUGUCUUCAUUUGGUAUAUAGUCUUGUGUGUUACAUUACGGCAGGCCAAGAUAAAAUCUUGAGACAGCUCUUUAAGCGCACAUGCAGCAGGCAGCAGCAGGUCAGAUAACCCUGUGGCAGUGACACAAGCAAACUGGCGUUUGAAUAAAGCCCUGUGUCCAUUUGAGUGUAUAGCCUCUUGUCUUAAAUAUGUUCCUCAUAGCAGCAUGGAGGAGGCAAGACCUCUGGGUCAGUUUUGAACUGGCCUUAUUUACAUUUGAUUUUUUAAAACAGGAGACUCAGGGAAAGUACUAAACCAAAAUCUCUGAUUUGACUUUUGUGUUUUCCAUAGUUGUUAUUUUGUUUUGCAUAGUUUUUAUUUUGUUUUAUUGAGAUACUUUUAUAAAGGAAAAUGGUACUGUGACAGUUUGGUAAUUCUACGAAUUUCUUACUGUUUCUCCAUCAUGGCCUUUUGUUUUACAAGUUUCUGAAGUCUGAAUUAAAUUACAAUUUUUUACCAACUUAAUCUCAAAUGUUUAACUGCUUUAAGUUCAUAUAUAACUAUUGUAAACUGCAGAGAAGAUGAAAAAUGUGUCUUCACAGGAUCUGUAUUGUUGUGAACUAAAGUAAGCCUACUUUGUUGUGACUUCUUUGUGAUGUGUUGGUGACAAAUAUUUGUAAUAAGUAUGUUUAAAUAUG